AUGACCAACAUUCGAAAAUCACACCCACUAAUCAAAAUCUUGAAUGACUCCUUCAUCGACUUGCCAACUCCAACAAACAUCUCAUCAUGAUGAAACUUUGGCUCACUACUUGGGGCAUGCCUAAUCAUUCAAAUUCUCACAGGAUUAUUCCUAGCCAUACACUACACAUCAGACACGCUAACCGCAUUCUCUUCAGUAGCCCACAUUUGCCGAGACGUCAACUAUGGUUGAAUCAUUCGCUACCUCCAUGCCAACGGAGCAUCAAUAUUUUUCCUAUGUCUCUACGCCCACAUUGGACGUGGAAUCUAUUACGGCUCCUACUUAUAUUCAGAAACCUGAAACAUUGGAAUCAUCCUACUACUCACAAUUAUAGCCACUGCUUUCAUAGGAUACGUCCUCCCAUGAGGACAGAUAUCAUUCUGAGGGGCAACUGUAAUCACCAACCUUCUAUCAGCCAUCCCCUACAUCGGCACCAACCUAGUAGAAUGAGUCUGAGGUGGAUUCUCAGUAGACAAAGCUACCCUCACCCGAUUUUUCGCGUUACACUUCACCCUACCUUUCGUCGUAACCGCCCUAGUAACCGUCCAUCUCCUAUUCCUUCACGAGACAGGGUCCAACAACCCCACAGGCCUAAUCUCCGAUUCCGACAAAAUUCCAUUUCAUCCAUACUACUCAAUCAAAGACCUCCUAGGCCUAUUCCUCCUCAUCCUAAUCCUACUCCUACCGACCUUAUUCUCCCCAGACAUGUUAGGAGACCCAGACAACUACACACCCGCAAAUCCACUAAGCACCCCACCCCACAUUAAACCAGAAUGGUACUUCCUAUUUGCAUACGCCAUCCUUCGAUCCAUCCCCAACAAACUAGGUGGGGUCUUAGCCCUAGUCCUCUCUAUCCUAAUUCUAGCCCUCCUCCCUCUCCUCCACACAUCCAAACAACGUAGCCUAUUGUUCCGGCCCCUAAGCCAAUGCCUAUUCUGAAUCCUAGUAACCGACCUAAUCACACUUACAUGAAUUGGCGGCCAACCGGUUGAGCACCCAUACAUUGUCAUCGGCCAACUAGCCUCAAUCCUGUACUUCUCCAUCAUCCUCAUCUUUAUACCUAUCGCAGGCCUAAUUGAAAACCACCUUCUUAAAUGAAGG